UUUUGCAGCUUUUCAUCAGGUAUUUGACAUCAUAUAUCACAGGGAAAAAGAGACGCAGGAUUUCAAAAAAGUCUAGUUCUACCUCGGGUGCAUGCCCCCAGCCUGCUGAUGCAGCUCAUGUAAGAGAUGUGUGAGGAUCCAUAUCUUCUGUCAAUGUGAGGAAGAAACAGAUUCUCUUGUGUAACUACCAGAAACUCAGCUAAGCUGUUCCCUGCAUCUCCCCUCCCCUUUAAAGUCUGAAAACAGCAACAACAUCAUCAUCAUCAUCCUAUUUAGAGCUGGGCCACUGAGCUGAGAUUAUCUGCACGAUGAGUUGGCUCUUCCCCUCGUCUAAGAGCAACAGACCUCUUCAACAACUUACAAGCUUGCAGCAGCAGAAACAGAGACAGAUUGAGUCCCUUAAAGCUUGCCACAGCAGUAUUAUAGAAAUUCAGAAAGAUGUGGAAUACAGGCUGCCCUUUACGGUUAAAAACCUGACCAUCAACAUAAACAUUUUGCUUCCUCCGCAGUUUCCUCAAGAUAAACCUCACAUCAGUGUUUUUCCACCUAUUCACCAUCACCUAGUGGAUAAACAAGGCAUGAAUGUCAUCUUCCCCCCUGUUAAUAAUUUUACGAUGCACUCUGAUCUUGGGAAAAUAGUUCAGACUUUACUAGAAGAGUUUUGGAAAAAUCCCCCCACACUGGCCCCUAGUUCUGGAUCCUUUCCUUAUUUGUUCAGCAAUCCUGCAGGACCACAAGUGUACCCUCAUCCUGGGUUCCCAUAUCUUCCAUCAUACCCAGCGCAAGAAUCCAAUAGAUCACUUCCAGAAACUGUUCCUCCAGCCCACAACACUGCCAAAGCUGCUGCCCCUGCCUACGGGUUAAUCACAGAUCUUCCCCUACCAGUCCCUACUUCUGACGUGGGUAUUAACGGCUUCACCUACAAGAUGCCUGACCUGCCUGAAACUUUUCCUGAACUCUUAGAACUAAGUGUAUCCCAGCUCUCCGAUAUGUCAGAACAAGAGGAUGUUUUGUUGGAGCAGUUUGUGAAUCUUCCACAGCUGAAGCAGGUCAUUUGUGAUAAAGAAGAGUUAGUGAGGAACAUUGAGGAGGUGGCAAAAAGAAAUCUUCAGAUGGAGCCAAUUUUGGAAGUUAAACGACAAGCGAUCCUGGACAAAUAUGAACAGCUGAUGCAGCUGAAGUCGUCGUUUGAGAAGAAGUCGCAAAGACAACAUGAGUUGAGUGAGAGUUGCAGUUUGAGUGCUCUGCAGGCAAGAUUAAAGGUUGCUGCGCAUGAAGCCGAAGAAGAAUCUGACAAGAUUGCAGACGAAUUCCUUGAGGGCAAAAUAGAAAUCGACGAGUUCCUUGUUAACUUCAUGGAGAAGAGAACGUGUUGCCACAGUAGAAGAGCCAAAGAAGAAAAGCUUCAGCAAGCAAUAUCUCUGCACAGCCAAUACCAUGCACCAUUAUAGAUUGUUCUUCAAAUGACAGACAGAGUGAUGAAACUGUAGCACAACGCAAGCACAUUUUGUAUUUAUAAAUUGAAAAAAGUUGGAAGACUGAAAUCAUUAUUGAUUGUUAUAUUAAGGACAUGUUUAUUCAAUAUAACCAGGUCUCCAAAAAAAAAAAAAAACCUGCUGACACUUUAAUAUUAAUAAGUGUUAAUUAUGAGUCUAAUUUAUUUCCUGUUAUACUGCGAUGGUUUCUUGCAUUAACAUAUUAAAUAAUCCAUUUAACACAAA